AUGAACCUUUUGCAACAUAUUCGUGGAUCGUCAGACCUGCUUGGAAUGGUGAAUUUGAGUAUGGGAAUGCUCACGCUUUGUGCAGCAUUUGAGAUCCAAGCACAGAUUUUGAUCCCCGUCCUCCGAAUUAUCGCUAACGAAGAGAAUCGUGGAGUGACGGAAAAAUCUGGAUACUAUAUAAAUACAAUCCUUUAUCUCAGCUAUACCUUCAUGAACUUUUUGGUUCCACCGAUUAUUGCAAGGAUUGGUUCAAAAUGGUCAAUGCUUAUUGGAAUGAGUUGCUACAUUAUUUUUAUGCUUAGUUUUCUGUACAUUGAAGCUUGGAUUCUGUACGCAUUGGCGGCUCUACUUGGAUUUGGAGCAGCUAUGCUUUGGACAAGUGUCGGGGUGAAUUUGGUGAGAAUCUCUGAAGAAAAGAACCUCACGAGAAACAGUGCUUUUCUCUGGACGUCUAUUCAAAUGUCAUUGAUCUUUGGAUCAAUUUUUCUGAUGAUUAUCCUCAAUACAAGCGACUUGGUCUCCUCGUAUAAAUUGAUAUACCUUUUUUGUGCGAUCAUUGGAGUCCUUGGAAUUGUGAUUGUGUCUUUGAUGAAGACGCCAGGAGUGAAAAGUGAUCAAGACUCAAAAGUUGACUCUGAGAAAUCGAGCCAAUCAAUUUGGCAAGCAUUUGACCGAACUUUCCAACUCCUUCGCACAAAAGAGAUGGUUCUCCUUUGCGUGAUCUUUUUCUAUAAUGGCUUUCAGACGGUUUUCUUUGGCGCCAUGUACACAGCUUCAUUAGCAGCAACCAAACGGUUACCCCAUAAUGAAGCGGCGAUUGCCUAUGCAAUGCUUUUUAUCGGUUGUGGAGAGAUUUGUGGUGGCAUCUUCUUUGGUUUCUCUGGUAGUCGAUCCGAUUCUAAAUUUGGCAAGAGGAGAAUAGCGACUUUUGGGGCGAUUCUUCUCCUUGUGGCCAAUGUCUUGUCUCUGAUAAAUCUCCCAGCUGACGCCCCACUCCACGACACUUACAAUAUUGCUUUCAUUGAGCCAAGCUUAUCCUUGGCUUUGUUUGGAGCUUUUCUACUCGGAUUGUCGGAUUGCUGUUGGCAGACACAAAUCUUGACGAUUCUUGGUGGAAUGUAUAAAGAUGAAGACUCACCACCGGCUUUCGCUAUCUUCAGAUGCUUUCAGGCUUUCUCGACUAGUAUUGGAUGUCUGAUCGCUCCACAAUUUGAACUCUAUUGGACUCUUUUGGCCACGUCGACUCUCUCAAUCUUUGCCACAAUUGCUUUCUGGUUGGUGCACCGAAUCGCAAAAGCAAAAGUUAUACAAUCUGAGAUUUCAACGAAUGAAAAAACUAAAGCUUUACCU